CUGGCAGGAUUGGGCUGCAUCAUUGGUGUCAAAGGAAUUUAUGGAUUUUUCUUCAAAAGCAGCAGCUAUCGGGGUGCGCUAUUUUUUUUGACUGGAUUAAUAAUCGUAUUCUUUGGCUACCCCAUCAUUGGAAUGAUACUCGAAACGUAUGGCCUUUUUCAGUUGCUCAGUCUAUUCUGCCACCCGGCACUUCUCGCGGUCACUUAUCAGGCUCUUGAUCAGCUGGCUUUUAAAGAAUGUGCACGUUUUGCCGUAUUUUACAUCACAGGGAAUAGUGUAGGCACUAGCUUAUCGGUACCCCGAGCUAAUACGUAUAAGUCGCAAACGGACGUUCGUGCGAAAACAGAACGAGACGAUUCACGAAACGGAGGACGGGUUGUAUUGUUACGACCUGCAGAGUAA